GCACAGGUGAGAUUGGAGGCACACAUGCAGGCCGUACAGCAGUGCAUGUGGGAGCCACUACCAUCCUAGCAUGAAAGCCGGGAGAAGAGGAAACUCGGGGCCAGAGCUCACAGCAAGUGCAGGUGUCGAUUUUCUGCAGCAUCAGCCCAACUGCACCACGGCGGAUUGUACGCUGAAGCGGAGUGGUGGCAUUGUACGCACAGAAAGCGAGGUCUGCGCCAACUCACAGGGAGCGAGGUCUGCUCGGGCAAGGCCAUUGCCUUCUCCAUCGCCAUCGCUGAAGCAUUUCUCUCCUGUGUCACCACGUGGUGGAACAGCAGCAGUGGGAAAAGGACAGGGAGAGGUAACGGCUGGGCGUAAUCUGACUGCAAGGAGGACGGAAGCAGCAGGGUUUGUGAGCAAGGAGUUGCCAUCAGUGGCAAAGCCAGCUAGUGGGGGUGUAAGGGGGCUCCGAGGGCCUGGAGCAGCUAGGGUGACCAGUCCGUCAUUGGCAGCCACAGGUGGCUUCACAGUGAAGGGAAGUAGUCCUUGCAAACCUACUGGCACUCGCAGAAAGUCGGAUGCAGUUGGGCAUGGAACACCGCGAGUUGGAUGCGGAAUUGGACGACAGGAUAUUUCACGAUGUCCACAGCGAUCCUCAUGGGCCAGUGGCCUGCCCAGCAGCAGUAGGCCCGUGGGAGGCACUGGUGCAGGAGGAGCAACCCAACAUCGAAGGGUCAAGGAGCCCGACAGGGAAGGAUGUGUGGAGGCAGGAGUCCAUGUUCGAACCUGGGCUGUACCGUCAGCUGCUGGAUCAUUAGCUUCACCAGCAAACGGUCACAUUGAUCAGCAGCAAGAGAUUGAGGGACGAGAACGAUUAACAACUGUCGAGCGAGUUUGCCAAGAGGGUGAAGGCAUCCGUAUUAGUGAUCCAUGUAGGCUGAACCUUGAUAGGGAUGUUGAUACUGAAUGUAGCGUGGUGCAAGUUGGGGGAGGGGAGGAGGAUGUUGGUGAGAUUGCUACUACUAGCCAGGCUUUUUCUGAUCCACCUCCAGCUGUGGGAGCGACGGGUUCCAGAGCUCUUCGGCGGCAAAGGCGUGGUGGAAGCAAGGUUGAGGCCGUACUGGGAAGGGAGUGUGAGGGCAGUGAGAACCUCACACUACAGUCCAAGCUUAAAGGUAUUGAGCCUUCCUCAUUAGGCUCCAGUGUUGGUAGUAAUGAUGAGCCUGAGGCAGCACAGAUAGUUCCGCUGGUUCUAGUUGAGGGGAAAGCUCCCCAACAACUCGGCAAUCGGGGGGAACCUGUUCGAGAUGCUCUGGCCACACAGGAAGUGCCGUCUGGUUGCAGACAUGAAGUUCCUUUUCUGUCCACCAAGCGUGUAGCUGGAUCAGGUCCCUUGAUCAAUGUGCAGGAGACACAGUUGGCUUCUGGCUCAGUCGGGUGGGAAGCUCCAGUUACUCUUACACCAGGAAUACAAGGUGCUACCUUGGUGGAUGACGGUUUCAGAAGGUCUUCAGGCUCUGUUGACAAUUGCAAUGGAACUCUUAAGGCAAGGAAGCCCAAAGCAGCUGAUGAAACAACAACGCGUCCGAAGAGAUUACCUACAGGGCAACUCAGUCGUUUGGAUGGCUGCCAUGAGAUAGGGAGCCAAUCCUCUUCAGCGCAAGGCUGUAUCUCCCUUGGUUCAGCCGCAACUGAUAGGUUCUCCACACACAGUCGGGGUCGUGGUUCUGGUGCUGUUUUGCCUCAUGCAGAACAAGAACAUGACCUUGGCACAAUUGAUAUUGAAUUGAAGCCACAGUUUGAGAAGGAACUCCUUUCUGCUGCUUCUGACGGAAAUCCUCAAAGCCACCUGACUCAGGGCCUUGUUCGUCUGGGUUGCCAUGAACAACAGCCAGUUCACUGUUUGGAUUUUAGUGUCGACACUGGUCUUCUGCAAAGAUCUUCCUUUGCUGAAUGGGGGGACCAGGCUCCCAUUCUUCCUGUAGACAGUGUUGCAUCAAAUGGAUCUGCCCUUGCCCAAGCUAAGGUUCAGUCUUGCAUCCAUUCUCAUGUUCAAGUCGAGAUAUUGCCUCACCCACCUGUGGGGUCUGAGGGGCCUGCAUCGCUAGAAAAGGCAACAACAUAUGGAGUCCCGGAUAAGAGCAUGUCGUAUGCAGUCGAUCUGGAGAGGAGAUCAGGUGCAGGAAUUAGUAUAGGUGGACUUGGUUUGGGUGAAAGAUUGACUGCCAGUGGGGCGGCGGUGUCAUCCCCAACGGCCCACAUUCCAGUAUUUCCAGGUGGAGGGAAUAGAUCUUCUGAAAGGCCACACUGUUCCCAUGUCAGUGGAGCACUUCAGUGUGCUGAUCGGAGGUUUCAGGUAGGGAAGGCCGAGGAAAAAGAGGGCAGGGUCGGCAAGGGUGAAAUCGAUGGACUGUCACACAAGGGCAGGGUUGCCUUGCCCAGGGAUCAUGCUCUAUUAUCCGUUACUGCCAAUUCUCUCGGCUAUCGGAUGGGUGACAACAACACUCGACAGUCUUACAGUAUGCCUUUGCCAGUGACUUCCCAGAAUGAAGUAGGAAAAAAACAGGAAUGGAGGCCAGAGGAGAGGGUUUAUGGACUAGACAGUGAAGCAGAGGGAGUGUGCGAACCUGAGGAAGGAUCGGGGGCAUUACAUGCUCCAAGUGGGGUGCGGGUAGAGGUGAAACUGCAGUCCAAAAUCACUCAGAGGCCCUCUCCAUCCAAUUUGUCAGGGAAAUGGCUAGCUUCCACCAAUGAUGACAUAGCUCCCCACGAGACGUCCACAACCACCACCCCUGUGCGGCGUCGUGUGCUGGGCACUGUGCAGCACCCUUUGACAGCAGUAAAACGACUUGGGAAAACUGCGGGUGAUUCAGUUGGAGAACUCGACCAGGGUCAGGUUGCAGCUUCUGGAGGAUCGCUGAGAGCAUCAAGAAUACCUGAGUCAAUGCACCCGCCAUGGAUGCAGUCCAGCAUGCCAGAAACAAGACACGAUAUGUCUCAAGAGAUUGAUGAUGUCCCUGAUGAUUCUCAGACAGGAAGGGGCAGUCUUGGUCCUGCAGGGGGAGAGGGCAACAGGCUUCAGAAGCAAUCAUCUUCCUUAAGUAGACCUUUGGGUGGUAAGCCAGCUGGUGUGGUGGAAACUGGAAUGGAACCGUAUCCAGGUCUUCAGGGAAUGCCCGGCUGUUUGUGUGGUCAACUGUUCAAGGGGGUCUGCCGCGAUGUCCGACUACGAAUCCCACAGUAUUUCAAAGACUGGCGUGAUGAUCACCCAGUGAACACUGUGAAAACAAUUAUUUACUUGCUAUUGAUAAGUAUUGUGCCAGCAUUGGCCUUGGGAAUGUACCUGGAGCUCCGGACAGAAGGGAAAACGGGUGUCAUUGAGGUUAUCUCCUCCAUCUCCUUGUCUGGGUUGCUGUUUAGCAUCGUGGGAGGGCAGCCACUUCUGAGGUUGGGUGUGAGUGCUCCCUUCUGCUGCUUUCUUGCCUUUGUCUACUCCUCUUCUGUUCGCCUCCACGUCGAGUUCUUGCCCUGGAUGGGAUGGAUAGGGAUAUGGGCAACCAGCUUUGUGAUCAUGGCUGCAGCAACAGACGGUUGCUGCCGCCUGAGCCAUGGGGUAACUCGUUUUACGUGGGAUGCUUUGCAAGUUUUCUCAUCACUGUGCCUGAUUUGGGACGGAGUUGCCUCCAUGAUUAAGACCUUUCACAAGUUGCCCUUAGGUUCAGCUGCUGUGGGCCUGUGGUUGGCUGGUUCAGUGACAGUGGCAACAAUUUUCAUUGGUGCGGCUGACCGUUGGCCCUUAUUCAAGCAGGCCUUCAGAGCUAGGCUGGCAGCUGCUAGUCCACUUAUUGUUGUGAUUUUCUUUACAGGUUUGUCAUAUGCUCCUCGACUUUCAAAGAUUGGACUGCCAAAUGUUGGUGUGCCGCAACGUGUUGGCUUCCUAGAUGGAGAGCGAAAGCUGGGAUCAUUUGUGAAGAUUAGCUCCGUCCCUGUGGGAAAGAUUGUAAUGGCCUCUGUUCCUGGCUUCUUCCUUGCACUGCUUAUAUUUGUCGAUCAUACAGUAGCUGCUGCUGCAGUACAGAACCCUUCCUUCAAUCUUCAAAAACCGACGGUUUAUCACUGGGAUCUGCUUCUCGUAGGAGGCAUCAUGCUGCUUUGUUCGGUCCUGGGGCUCCCAUUCUCCUACGGGCUAUUCUAUCAGAGCAUUGAGCAUGUGAGCGCUCUGUCGAUUACCGUUGCAGCAGGCAAUGAUGAGGAGGCUGCACAGGGUUGUCAGCAGAUUCUGUUUACGCACGAGCAACGGUUAUCAGGCUUCUUCACAUCGAUCUUGUUUGCUGGAGUUCUUUUGCCCAACGUUAGCAUGCCAAUUGGCAAGAUUCCUCAGGCAGUGCUUUUGGAGGUAAGGACCAAGUUGGUUGAUGAGGCCUAUGUCGAACAGCACAACUUCGGUACUUUUAGUAAGAAAGCUUUGGACAUAGAGGUAAAGCUGGGUUCCGCGCAUCAGGCAUCUCAUGAUGGUAGGAAGAGACUUCCCCAAGACUGGAAGAAGAAGGGUCAGUUGAUGUUCGUCGACCAUGAUGGUCAAAGGACGGAGAUUGACGAUUUCCCAGACCUUGGGGAGGUGACAGAGCAAGAUGGGGCUAGUGAGACUUCGGAUGGGGGAGUCGUGGCACCCAUCAAGGAAAAGGCUAGGGGGACCGGGAAGAAGAAGGUAGUACGGUCCACGGGUCAGGGCGACCAAGGAACACCGGCAUGGGUAAAACUUGGUUUAGAGUAUGAGGUGUGGAGGGACCGAGUUGCUAGGGGCACGUGCAUGAACUGUGGCAACUAUGGACACACGUCUCGAACGUGCCGAGGCAAGAAAGUCUUGACGAGGGUAGCCUCACCAACGGUGGUGGGACUUUCUUCGAACUCUGGCGGUGCUUCUGCGAGCACUUCGCAGGGGAACACCUCGGGCCAGUAGGAGUAUUUGCCGCUCUUACUCGCGCUGAAGUGGUAACGUUGCCUUCCCCACUUCAGGCGUUGGCCAAGGCU